AAUAAUUGUGUCGCAUUGCUUGAUAAUCAUAUUGGCUGUCUCUUAUUGAACCAGUGUCAAAUCAUUUUUCAUUUUUUUUAUUGAAAAAAUUAGGAAUUUUUCAAUCAUAAAUGUUUGUUAUAACCGGUCGUAAUAUUUUUUCGAUUAGAAUCAAUUCUAUUCGAUCAAUUUGUCCAUUAUUGACAAAAACAUUAUGUUCAUCAUCGUCAUCAGCAGCAGUAAUAAAGCGAACAUCUUUAUAUGAAUUUCAUUUGGAAAAAGGUGCAAAAAUGGUACCAUUUGCUGGAUAUUCGAUGCCAAUAUCAUAUAAUGAUCUUUCGAUUCGUGAUUCUCAUCAUCAUACAAGAACAAAUGUAUCAUUGUUUGAUGUAUCACAUAUGUUACAACUUGAAUUAUAUGGUAAAGAUCGUAUAAAAUUUUUUGAAAAAUUAGUUGUAGCUGAUGUUGAAAAUUUACCAAUAAAUGGUGCAACAUUAACCUUAUAUACAAAUACUAAUGGUGGAAUAAUUGAUGAUUUGAUUGUAAGUAAAAAACCUGAUUCACUUUAUAUUGUAUCGAAUGCAUCACGUUCAGAAGAAGAUCUAAAACAUCUUGAAGAACAAAUGGCAAAAUAUUUACAAACAAAUCCAAAUGCUGAUUUGAAUAUGAAAAUAUUAAACGAUAAAAGUUUAUUGGCAUUUCAAGGACCAAAAUCAGCUGAAACAAUUCAAACAAAACUUGAAUCAAUUGAUUUAAAAUCAUUAAAAUUUAUGAAUGGUGUAGAAACUGUAUACGAUGGAAUACCUAUACGUUUAACUCGUUGUGGUUAUACUGGAGAAGAUGGUUUCGAAAUACAAGUAUCAAAUGGACAGGCAGUCGAUUUAGCUGAUAAAUUAUUACAAACACCGGUAUCAAAAUUAGCUGGAUUAGGUGCAAGAGAUUCAUUACGUUUGGAAGCUGGUCUUUGUCUUUACGGUAAUGAUAUCAAUAUGACAACAACACCAAUACAGGCAACAUUAGCCUGGACAAUUGCAAAACGUCGACGAACAGAGGCAAAUUUUUUGGGUGCAGAAAUUAUACUAAAAGAAUUGAAAGAUAAACCGAAAAUUAAACGUAUCGGAUUGAUUGGAACAAAAUCUGGACCACCUGUUCGUUCGGGUAGUAAAAUUUAUAAAGAUUCAUCCAUGAAUGAAGAAAAUUUGAUUGGCAAAACAACUAGUGGUUGUCCAUCACCAACAUUAGGACAAAAUAUUGCAAUGGGUUAUGUAAAAAGUUCAUCAUCAAAAAUCGGUACAACAUUAUUCUGUGAUGUUCGUGGUAAACUAUAUGAAUAUAAUGUUUGUAAAAUGCCAUUUGUACCUUCAAAAUAUUAUAUUUAAAAUUUUCGUUUUUUAUUGCUACAAAAUACAUUGUUUUUUUUUAAAUCAUUUGUACAAAAAUAGACACACAAACAAACAAACACACACACAAACGAAUUGA